CAGAAUCAGAAACAUGGAUCAGGAUCUGGAUCCGAAUCCAGAUCAGGAUCAGGAUCAGGAUCUGGAUCCGGAUCAGGAACAUGGAGCUCAGGAGUGUCAGGAAGUCAUUUUUCUCUUUAGAUCAGAAAAACAGAAACAAUCUGACAGCUUCAACAUAAAUCCUACAGAAAAGUGGAAACUGCUGAGUCAGGGUGUUUUCUGGUCUGUGUGUGUUGGGAUGAUGCAGUGGGAUUAUCACAGUGUGGGUCUGAUCAUCCUAACUCCGGCUUCCAGUGGAUGGAGGAGAGACCAGCAGAUAUCUGCAGUCACACCAGAGCUGAUGAUGCUCUGCAGCGUCAUGCUGGAGUUUCUCAUUGGUCGGGUUUUAUUGUUUCUCCGUGACCUCGGAUCCUGGCAGCUGUGGAGAUUAUCUGCUAUUGUCUUCAGUAAUCUGCAGCAGAAAAUGGAAACGCAGCAGGAGUUCAUCCUGAAGGCUGUUUGGUUUGUUCUGCUCAACGUAUGUCCAGGUGUUGUUAGGUUUUUAAAGAUUAUAAUCCGGCUCAUGUUUGGUGCAUGUGAAGCCGCCGCUGCUGCCAGAGAACAGGAACUCAUUUGGAAAAUGAUCCCACAGAACCGGGUCAGGGCGGUCAGGCGGUUCUGAUCCAGGACCAGGAGUUAACCUGAACCAAACUGCUGAUCAUUUCCUGAGUUUAACAGGCAACAAAACGAGACCAACUGCAACUAACUCACUCCUUCACCAAGCAGCUCAGUACAGUUACAUAAGGACAACAACCGUCGCCAUGGAGAUUCUCAGUCACCAACUGGAACAUCAGCCGUCUUACAGAUUUGAGUCAAAGUCUCAAACUCGACUUUUUAACUUAAAGACUUGAAACUUGACUUGGACUCGUGGCCUGAGACUCGAGUCUUAGUUCCAGUUUUAAUCUCUUGUAAUGAAAAGUGAAACAAAGUUGGAGUCUGAGCAGAAAACUGCAGCUGCUGAAUGUUUCACUGUGAAAGGAGGAACUUGAUUACCAGCCAGUGAUGUUGGUGGAUUAUUAUGGGAUAUUAAAGGCUAAUAAUCUGCUCAUAGUAAUGUCUUUAUUAAUGUUUCUGCAGCUGUAUGAAAUGAUUUUGUGCUUGUGGGAUCAGGAAUCAACUUCUGAUCACUUCAAUUGGGAAAAUGUUCCCUGUUUUCAAAACUUUGGCUGAGAUGGUUUGUGAUCCAGUUUCCAGCGUGGCAUCGGAGGACGGAUUCAAACUCCACAACAUCAAAACCUUGAUUCAUAUAUUUUAUCCACAUUUUAUUUUCAUAAUUUUAGCGCAAUCAUUUAUAUGUAGUUAAGGGCUCUACAGUCUGUUUUUUGUCACUGUGGAGAAAAAGUUACACAUACAUGUGUGACGACACAAAUUAAACACAAGUCAGUUUUAUACUGUGAUCCGUUAUGUGAACAUCAGGCGUGUAGAGACGCUGUUCCCACAGAGCCAGAACUAACACAGUGGCAGGCAUCCCAAAAUAACAGAAUCAGCAAACAUCCAUCUAAUCAACAUGCAAAUGUUGAGUGAACCUUUGAAAUGUUGCAAAAAAGCUAAAACGAAAAUGUGAUUUAGGCGUAACUCCGUCCACUGGUUUGGAGCGAAUCAACCUGGCUACGUAAAGCCAUAUUUUAUCGGAUGUUGAGGCUUUGCCUGGCUGCAACACACAGGAAGUAGAGAUGGAAAACGAAAAUGAACUACAGAUCUCAGAAAAACUGAGAGUUCUUCCAUUUUUCAGAGUUUCAUGCCUCUGGUAAGGAUGGAUGGCAGUGUUUGCUACAUCAGAGCUUAUUCAUCAAAUUUGUUUCCAUCUGUUCUUUAGCACAUGAACUCAGCUCAAGGGAACGUGGAAAUCUCUUUCUGAAACUGAAGUUAUCAAAUAUUACCAUUUUAAUAAAAGUGUUGAUUGAAUCACGACUAACUGAAUAAACAUUGGGGACGUUUGGUUGCUAAAAGAAGGACUUCUCUUGCAGAUCCGAGUUUAAAAAAUCCCAACCACAUCAAACCAGAGCGCAUUUCAACACAACAUCUGAAUGAAAUAACUGAUUUAAUCAGUUCCUGCAGGACAAACAUCCUUCGUCCUAACGCCCAGGGACGAAUCAGCGCCAGGUUUGUCCUGGUGCGAGGAUAAACUUUGGUUCCCACGGCAACACACUGAUAAUCCAGCAUGGGGAUUAUAAAGGAAAGUCAUUAAAGAGGAUGAAAAGAUCGGGGGAUUUGAAAUGUAUCCGGAGUGAGAUUGAGGAAGAGACUCAGCAGGGACAAAAUGGAACGAU